UUCACAUCAGAACAUCUGCAAUAAAAGCAAAAAUGAAAGUGAUUGUGCCCAGGACCUGGUUUCUGUCUUUCUGCAGUACUGUUGCAGCUGGUUUGAAGAUUAGUACCCCUGAGACGCAGACUUCAUUCACUGAUGGUCGGAAUAAAAAUGAGACUGAUCAAAUACAAGAGAUCCGGAUUGUUCUGCUUGGAAAGACAGGGGUUGGGAAAAGUGCAACAGGAAACACCAUCCUGGGAGAAAAAGUCUUCAAAUCAAAGUUUUUACCUUCAUCUGUUACUCGAGCAUGUAAAAAGAUUUCUAAGGUCAUUUAUGGAAAAAAAAUUUCGGUUAUUGACACUCCUGGUCUUUUUGACACAGAAAUGUCUAAAGAUGUGAUAGAAAAAGAAAUUAAGUUGUGUGUAUCCUUUUCUGCUCCUGGUCCACAUGCCUUUCUAGUUGUUAUUAAAUUGGACAGAUUCACAAAAGAAAAUCAAAAAACACUAGAAUACAUUGAAAAAUUAUUUGGUAAAGAGGCAUUAGACUACACCAUGGCAGUGUUCACCCAUGGAGAUCAACUUGAAGGGCAAGACAUUGAAACAUUUUUGCAGAGCAAUAAAGCACUACGAUCAUUUGUCAGGAGCUGUGGGUUACGCUAUUUCGUGAUUGACAAUAAGAAGCAGGAUUCAGCACAGGUUACUCAGCUGCUAGACAAUAUUGAUAAAAUAGUUAGUUAUAAUCAUGGAGAAUACUACACUAAUGAAAUGCUUCAGGAGGCAGAGAGAGCAAUUGAGGAGGAGAAACAACGGAUCCUGCAAGAGACUGAAGUACGACGAAAGAAGGAGAUGGAGGAUCUAGUCCAGCAGCAUUUACAUCUAAAGCGUGAAGAACUAGAGAAAAUUAAAAGAGAUUACGAAAGGAAACAGGAGGAACUGGCAAGAAUUCAAGCUGAGAACAACAAUUCUUUCCUUUGGAAUGCAUUAAAAAGGGCUGCAGAGAUUGUCCAACAUUGGUUUUCAUGAUAAAUGUUUUGUUUUAUAAACACACUUGUCUGUAAUUAUCAAGUGCUCCUUCAGAUCCUAAUUAGUUGGUUCCGAUGUGUUUGAUCAGGGUUGGAACUGAACUCUGCAGGAAGGUAGAUCUCCAGGAACAGGGUUGAGCGAGAUCCACUUUGCUGUUUCCUGUAGAGUUUAAUCAAACACACCUGAGCAGGCUAAUCAGUGUCUUUAGGAUCAUUCGAAAAUCACAGGUGAGUUUGAUCAGGGUUUGAGCUAAACUCUGCAGGAAAGUGAGGAUCCCUGCUUUAGAUGAAUCUGUCUUCUUUCAAAUUAAAGUAAAAAAUACAAAUAUAUAGCCUCUUAAAACAUUUAAUGUAUGCCUGUGUCCCAAUGUGCAUACUAUCCAUCCUAAAUUCUAUGUGACAGUAGUAAUUUUUUAAUACUAUUUAGGGCAGAUAGGGUGGAUAGUAUGCACAUUGGGACGCAAGGUACUUCCUAUUUUCUACAACUGAUUUAGAAAAGUAUGGAGUACGUUUUAAACUGCUUUUAAUCAUUGCUUUUACUUUUGUUAAUAAAACAGUGUAUGUGGGUGUAGAAAAAUAUAUGGUGCCUUUUUC